AAAUCAUCAAAACACAAGAAGAAGAAGCAGAAGAAGGAAAAGGAGGAGAAGGAGAAGAAAAAGAAGAAACGUCACCACCAUCAUCACCAUCACAGUGACACCGGUGCAGAGGAUUCAGUGCAGAACGGCACGGUGGAGGACGAGGAGCCACUGCCGCCCAUGUCCAACUACUCGCUGCUGGCUGAGAACUCCUACAUUAAGAUGAUGAAAGAAGAUGCUGAUCAGGUCUGUGACAUCCAGGGCAACCAUCAGGACGAGAGUAAAGUGGUGGUGUCGGUCAUCUUCGAGAACAAGAGCGACAGCUUCCUCAAAUCCAUGGAGUUCAAUGUGCUGGAUUCCCUCAACUCCAAACUGCAGCGGCCGGACGGAGCAGGACCUCACGACGGCCUUACCGUCCCCUUCCAGCUGCCGCCAGGGGUGUCAAAUGAGGCCCGUUUCGUAUUCUCGGUACAGAGUAUCGUCAUGCCGCAGAAACUGAAGGGAACCCUCACAUUUAUAGUUAAGACGGAUGAAUCCUCCACUCAUGAGAAACUGGACUUCAAACUGCACUUUACAUGCACGUCAUAUCUGAUCACCACUCCCUGCUACAGUGAUGCAUAUGCAAAGCUGCUGGAGUCGGGCGACCUGAAGGGCAGCUCUCUGCGGCUCGAGGGGGUCAACAUGCCCUUCCACCACCUGCUGGCCAGGAUCUGCUUCCACCAUCACUUCUCUGUUGUGGAGAGGAUUGACUCCUGCGCCUCCAUGUACAGCAGGUCCAUCCAGGGUCACCACGUCUGUUUGCUGGUCAAAACUUCCGAUCAGACCGUCUCCAUCGACGCCAAGUGCGACGAGCCAUCGCUGCUGGGGAAUGUUUUGGAUGAGAUCAAGCAGACCUUCUCGAAAUGCUGACUGUGACCCGCGGCCCACAGCACCCCGAAACCCCCCUGACCCCCCUCAAAGCCCAGCGCCAGAGCUGAGACUCGUGUUCCUCCUCUCUCAACCUCUUCCUUUGUAUUUAUUGGAUCGGUCGUUCUGCUGUUCUUCUUUUAAGACCAAACAUUUCCAGCCCGUCUCUUGCCUUUGUUUGACGUGCAUUUGGCUUUUCUGAUCUCGCUCCUCAUCCUCUUUCUCCACUCAUCCUCGUCUUUCCAUUGUCUUAACGGUUCAUGACGUUUUGUCUUGAGAACUGGAUUGUUUUUGGUCAUUGUCGAUGCUUGAGUUGUGUGCUUUGUUAUUUUUUCUCUUUUGUGUUGUUUGUUGCUUUUUUUUCUGUCCUAAACUCCAUCAGCGCCUUUCUCAGCAUUAAACAGCGUGUCUGUCCGGG